GUUAUCAACCAUUUGAGCUACAGUAACUACCAGCAGGAGAAAGCUAUCAUCUCAGAGCACACACACGUGUAUGUGGACACCUGUAUCUCAAGAGUGGCUCAGGGGAGCCUGGACUGCAUCUUUGCCCACAUCCUCCCAAGAGGACAGAACAAGAUGGAUAACGAAACUGACAUGACAACCUAUGAUUAUUAUACUGGCUCAGAACCAUGCCAAAAAGCUGAUGUCAAAAAAUUUGCAUCCCAGUUUCUGCCACCGCUGUACUCCUUGGUGCUGAUAUUUGGCCUGGUGGGCAAUGCGCUAGUUGUGCUGAUCCUGAUAAAAUACAAGAGGCUGAGAAGCAUGACUGACAUCUAUCUGCUGAAUCUGGCAAUUUCCGAUUUGCUUUUUAUUCUUUCCCUGCCAUUUUGGGCUUACUAUGCAGCACAUGAGUGGGAUUUUGGAAAUGCAAUGUGUAAAAUUCUUUCAGGGAUCUAUUAUGCUGGCUUCUACAGUGGAAUUUUUUUCAUAAUACUUUUGACAGUAGAUAGAUAUCUGGCCAUUGUCCAUGCAGUGUUUGCUUUAAAGGCUAGGACAGUUACCUAUGGCAUCAUCACAAGUGUUGUCAUUUGGGGUGUUGCAAUAUUAGCCUCUCUGCCAGGAUUUAUAUUUCACAAAGCUAAAAGGGAGUCAUAUCAUUUUACAUGUAGCCCUCAUUAUCCAUUGGGACAGGAAAGUAAAUGGAAGCAAUUCCAGACUUUAAAGAUGAACAUCCUGGGACUUGUCAUUCCACUGGUCAUUAUGAUCUUUUGCUAUGCCGAGAUUAUAAAGACAUUACUGAGAUGUAGGAAUGAGAAAAAACAUAAGGCAGUCAGGCUUAUUUUUAUCAUAAUGAUUGUUUAUUUUCUCUUCUGGGCACCAUACAACAUCGUUGUUCUCAUGUACACUUUUCAAGAUUCAUUUUCCCUAAAUAACUGUGAGAACAGCAGUCAGCUAGAGGUAGCAAUCCAAGUGACAGAAGCGACUGCAAUGAUCCACUGUUGUAUCAACCCCAUGAUCUAUGCUUUCGCUGGUGAAAAGUUUAGGAAAUAUCUUUAUACCUUUUUCCGAAACCACAUUGCAAUCCAUUUGUAUAAAUAUUGCCCAGUUCUCUAUGCUGAGGCACCUGACCGAGUUAGUUCUACAUACACCCCAUCUACGGGGGAGCAGGAAUUCUCAGCUGCAUUGUGACGGGUAUCUAAGUAAAAAAGUUACAUUCACUUUUGUGGAAACAGUUGUGCAAAGGACCAAAACGCUUUGAAUACUUGGCUUUAAAGAGGCAACUGAAGGGGUACCUACACAUUUUAGAUGCACAGGAGUUUUCUCCAGAAAGAAACGGCAUUUGUUUAUACAAAUGUGUAUUUGUAUAUUUUAAAAGGGGGUAUGCAUACCUAACUACUUACUUGGAUAUAUAAAUUUAGACUAAAGGUUCACCCCUUUUUUAGAAAAUACAAUAGAUAUGCCAUG